AUGUCUGUGCGAAGGCCGCGGGCCGAAGAAGAUGACGAGCAGGGCAGCGGAGGUGACGAUCAGCAGCAACGGCACGGCGCGAGGCGGAUACGGCCGGCGACCCCGGUCUCCUUCAGAUCCGUCGUGAGAAGAGCCGUCACAGCAGACACUAUCCAACAAAUUGUGUUUGGUUUGGAACCGGUUAUUCGUAGGGUGGUACGGGAGGAAAUUCAGAACAUCUUUUAUCAGCAUGAUCACUUACCAUACAGGUCUCUUCCUUUACCCAUCCAACAAGUCGAUGUCCCGCCUAGGUUGAGGCUUUCCUUUGCAAAGAAGCUCAUGCUACCGAUCUUCACCAACAACAAGCUUGUUGAUGCUGCAAAGAACGCCAUUGAAAUCUGGCUUAUAGACACUAGAACCAACCAUCGUAUCACAGAAACAAACACUAACCAAGGCUCUUCAACAAUGAAGCUAGAGGUACUUGUCCUAGAUGGCGAUUUCAGAUGUGAAGACGACAUGGUGUGGACAAAUGAUCAGUUCAACGCUGCAAUCGUGAAGGCCAGAGAGGGUAGGAGACCACUGCUUGUAGGUAGUACACUCAAUGUAGCAAUGAACAAUCAAGGAGUGGCUGUGAUAGAGGAUGUGGCUUUCACUGACAAUUCAAGUUGGAUAAGGAGUAGGAGGUUCCGAAUUGGUGUGCGCGUCAUGGCAACUAGCUAUUAUGGGCCAAGGAUUCAAGAGGCAUUGAGUGAAAGCUUCACAGUGAAAGAUCAUCGAGGCGAAUUGUACAAGAAGCAUUAUCCUCCAACCCUUACUGACAAUAUAUGGAGACUCAAAAACAUUGGAAAAGAUGGGCCAAUUGAUAAGAGACUGGAGUCCGAGGGGAUCAAGAACGUCCAGGACUUCUUGAAACUUCACACCAUAGAUCCUGAUAAGCUACAAAACCUCGUUGGCAUGUCAGAUCGGCAAUGGAGGACAACACUCAAUCAUGCAAAAACGUGUAGUAUGGGAGGGAAAUGCUAUGUUUUCAAAUCUGAAGGGUGUGAUGUUAUUAUAUUCAGCCCCAUAGGAGAGAUUUUGGCAGCCAGAAUUGGAGACCAGACAUGCUCUUUGCAACAACUACACCAGGAACAUAAGGCCCAAGUGAAUCAAUUGGCCUCCAUGGCAUACGAGCAAUGGGAUCAAUUGGAGGAAGUGGUGGCAAAUGAGAUGGCACUUGCUGCAUAUGAAGGUUUGACGUCAUUUCCCGAGGAAAAGCCUAGUUCAUCAUGCACACCGGCGAGUAAUGAAAGCAUGAUCAGCUCAGGGUCUCAAAAUGCCGAGUAUCUAAACAAGAUGGGUUCUAGAACAGCAACCUCUGGUGUUGCGAUGGUGACUAAUAGCAAUAACUCCUUAGAUUCUGCAUUGGCUAUUCCAACAAGUGAUGCUAUUUACUGGAUCCCAAGCUUAGCCGUUGAUGAUGACCGCUUCACCUGGAACAACUCUACAAACCUCGGUUGUUGGGAUCAAGUUGAUUAAUUUUCCUCUAUAUUUUUGUGGUAAUAUUGGUUGUAUGCUCGUGAUCCAUUACGAACGAGAAAUGUGUAAAUAAUAUUGAAGGAUCUAGUAUUGCAUCUA